CUGCAUUUCCUCUCCCUUUUCUUUUUUUGUUUCUUUGUCCAAAUGAUAUCUUGUCAAUUAUGUUAUUCUGUUUUUAGUUCAAAUUCUCAGUUCUUGGCUUGUUUUCUCCUCUAUUUUCUCCACACAAAAAAAAAUCUGUGCGCAAAAUUGUGUGAAGGCAGGGUAGCACACUAUCUAUCCAGACCCUACUUGUUGGAUUCCACUGUAUUUGUUGUUGUGUGCAAAAUUGUAUUCCCCCCUCCCCCCAAAAAUGGUGUUCUGUUUAACUUGGCUUCAUUUCUUUCCAUUGUGUGCUACUGUUAAGUUCAGAGAUCAUUCUCCUUCAUGUUUAUGUGUUGUCUUUUAACUAUAUCUACAUUAUUGUCUUUAACUUUUCCUACCCAUGUUUAACCAAAAAUUAAAUUCUGUACCUAUAUUAUUGAUAAGUGGGGCUAAGUUUGUAUUACUCCAGCUUACUUCUUUUUCUCCAAUGUGACUUGUAAGCUCACCGCCCUUCGUUUUUGUAUGUUUCCUCGCAUUUAUUAUUGAUAUUAUUAUGAGGUUUAAAUGUUCUAACCUCUUUUAAAUUUGGUUCUUUCACAUCUUUUUAGAGUAUGACCAAAAAGGUUGCUCUCAUUUCCACUCAUUACUGUGCUUUCCCUACUUUGGCUGAAUGUUAUAUGUUCUUAUUCAGGAAGAAUAAAUAAAUUAUUUGGGAAAACAAAACGAGGGACAAAAUAUUUAAAGGUGAUAUUUCAUGAUUUCCCUGGUGGAGCUGAGAGUUUUGAGCUCAUUACAAGAUUCUGUUACAACAAAGGGAAGAUUGAGAUAAACCACAUUAAUGUUUCAACUCUGUAUUGUGCUGCCUGUUAUAUGGAAAUGGAGAAAUCUGUAUCCGGAAACCAAAAUCUAUUCGAGCUAACUGAGAAUUCGCUUGCGGAUAUAAGGUAUUGGACUUGGUCUGAGCUUCUUGAUGCCUUAAAGCAAUGUCAAAAUUUGAUUCCUGUGGCAAGUUCUUCAGGUGUAAUUGAUAAGUACCUCGAUUCUCUUAUCGGGAGAGUUGCAUCUUCCUGUGAAACCAGUCCUUGUCCGUCGACUUCUUCUGCUGACAGUUCUGGAUUUCGGUUGUCUUGUGAUUCAAAAAGUACAGAGAGCUUUAAAAAUAGCAUAUUUAGGGCAACAUGGUGGUUUGAGGAUCUAGCUGCUUUCGAGCCCUUUUUGAUCGAUAUUUUGGCAAAGCAAAUGGUAUCCAGAAAUCUUGAUCAUGGUAUUCUUAGUAAGUUUUUGUUCUAUUACCAAAAAUCAAGAUUUGCAUCGGCCAAAAUAAUGGAUGAGAAAUGCAAGACGAUGGAGACAGUUAUCGAGAUGCUUUAUUUGCUAGAUUUAAGCUGCAUUUCCUUCAAAACCUUAUUUGGAAUGCUUCGAAUUACUCUGAAUUUGAAGAUAAGCAAGUGCUCGAGGAACAAGUUAGAGAGCAUGAUUGGUUCCCUGUUGGAUCAAGCGACUUUGGAUAACCUGCUGCUCCCAUCACCAGUUGGAUCAAGUUAUUUAUAUGAUGUGAAUUUAGUUCUUAGGUUGCUGAAAUCAUUUAUUAGCAAAGGGGCAUGUUGUGUUCCAUUAACACGAUUGAAGAAAGUUGCUAGCUUGAUCGACUUGUACAUAGCAGAAGUAGCUCCUGAUCCAUGUCUAAAACCUUACAAGUUUCUUGCACUGGUCAAAUCGCUGCCUGAAUCUGCUAGGGACUCAUAUGAUGCAAUCUACCACGCCACGGUGAUGUAUUUUGAGGUACAUUCAGGGUUAUGUGAAGAGGAAAAGAUGAAAGUAUGUAGUGGACUGAAGUAUGAGAAGCUGUCAACAGAGGGUUGUAACCACUUAGCUCAGAACAAGAAAUUCCCUACAAAAUCUGCUGGACAAGCUCUCAUCACACAGCAAGUGAGGCUCAAAAGCUUGCUUCAAGAAACCAAUCAAGCCAGUCCUUAUAUCAAUUCGCCUUGUAGUUUUGUGGAAACAGAAAAUACAGGUAAGGAAGAUCAGCAGAUCGUGCUAUACGCAGGAAAGCUGGAUCUUUCGACUGAGAAUGAGAAACUUAAAGUACAUUUACAAGGUAUGCAAUGUAGAGUGCUAGAAUUGGAAAAAGUUUGCAGGAAAAUGCAAAAUCAGAUGGCAAAGAUGUUGAAAUCAAGAGUAUCAAGCCAUAACAAUGCAAGAUCUUUGCCUAGGCUAUGUUCUUGAUUGAGAUAAUAAAUCCAAUCAUUCUUAAGUAUUUACUUUAUUAAUGUUAUUAUGAAUGUGUGUAAAUAGAAAUUAGUGGUUUGUUUGAAUUGCAAGAGUACUUUUACCCCACCACUUA